AUGAGAAAGGAGUAUUCACUCCAGAAAGGUGUGCCUGCAAGAGCUUGUGUGUUCAUAUGUUCAUACUAAAUGCACUUGUAGUUUGAGUGACUGCAUGUUGACCUUUCAAAAUUCCCGUAUUCAGGUUUUUUGUUCUCUCAGUUGACAAGUUUAUUGUUGCAACUAGAAAACCUUUUUUAAAAUUACUGUUACCUCCAAAAAAGAACAAAACCCUCCCCACACUAGAUUAGCUGCUUUAUUCUAAUUGACUCAGAUUUUCAAUGGUUUUUUUCUCCUCUGUAGUAAAAGGCUGAAGUAUACACUCAAGGUUUAAUCAGUGGACAAAUGAAUAGUCAUGAAAUUAAUUCUGAUAGAUAUCAGGCCUAUUCUUUAUGCAGCUGAUAAGCUAGUAAUCUUGAACUUGUGUAAAAUGAUUCUAAUGAGUCUUAUUCCGAAUUAUCAGUAUCUUCUUGAGUUAAGAGAUUUUAUUAGCAGUAACUUGCUUUUGGAAGGCAUGGGAGCAUUUUCUGGAGACUUCAGAAGAAGUGGCUCUCUUCCAGUCAGUCAGUUCUGAAGCAGAGGAAAAACUCUAAUUUCUAUGUCCCUAGAUUGUGAUUUGGAAUCGUGGAGAAUUCACAGUAUUUCCACAAUGGCAGAAAGGACAGAUUUUACAAAAUCUCAAACUUCACUGGCUGAAUACAGCCCCGUCAAUAAAUCAAAAAGGACAGAUCGAAGUGGAAAGAAGGCUGGAGACCAAAAUACAAUGCAACUGAAGAAAGAAAUAUCUUUAAUAAAUGGGAUAAGCCUUAUAGUAGGCAACAUGAUUGGUUCGGGUAUCUUUGUCUCUCCCAAAGGAGUUCUCAUCUACAGCAAAUCUUAUGGAUUGUCUUUAAUAAUUUGGGCAAUUGGAGGGAUAUUUUCAGUCUUUGGAGCUCUCUGCUAUGCUGAACUUGGAACCACUAUUACAAAGUCAGGAGCCAGCUAUGCAUAUAUCUUGGAGUCUUUUGGGAGCUUCAUUGCUUUUAUUCGUUUGUGGACGUCACUCCUAAUUGUUGAACCAACUAGUCAGGCAAUCAUUGCCAUCACCUUUGCUAACUACCUAGUUCAGCCUUUCUUCCCUACUUGUGACCCUCCGUAUAUGGCUUGUCGUCUCUUAGCAGCUGCUUGUGAAUGUCUUUUAACAGUUAUAAAUUGUGCCUAUGUUAAGUGGGGCACACGUGUGCAGGAUGUAUUUACUUACGCUAAAGUUGCUGCUCUUAUUGCCAUCAUCAUUGCUGGACUUGUUGAAAUAUUCCAGGGACAUACAUGGUACUUUAAGAACUCUUUUGCGGGAUCCUCUACUGAUAUUGGAGAAAUCUCCCUUGCAUUAUAUUCUGCCUUGUUUUCUUACUCUGGUUGGGAUACCCUCAAUUAUGUAACAGAAGAAAUCAAAAACCCAGAAAGGAACUUGCCCCUGGCUAUUGCAGUGUCUAUGCCAAUUGUGACUAUUAUCUAUAUUAUGACCAAUAUAGCUUACUAUACGGUGCUGGAUGCUCAGGCUGUUCUCUCUAGUGAUGCUGUUGCAGUGACAUUUGCUGACCGAGUAUUUGGUAUAUUCAGCUGGACAAUUCCCAUUGCUGUAGCCUUUUCUUGUUUUGGUGGACUUAAUGCUUCAAUUCUAGCAUCAUCAAGGCUAUUUUUUGUAGGAUCUCGGGAAGGUCACCUCCCUGAUCUGUUGUCAAUGAUCCACAUAAAGAGGUUCACACCUGUGCCAGCACUGCUCUUCAAUUGUUUUAUGACGCUUAUUUACCUGUGUGUGGAAGAUGUCUUCCAGCUAAUUAAUUACUUCAGCUUCAGUUACUGGUUUUUUGUUGGUCUGUCCAUUGCUGGGCAGUUAUAUCUACGUUGGAAAGAACCAGAUCGGCCAAGACCUCUUAAGCUGAGUUUGGCUUUCCCAAUAAUAUUCUGUUUAUGCACAGUAUUUCUGGUGGUAGUGCCACUCUAUAGUGACUUUUUAAAUUCAGUAAUUGGAAUUGCCAUUGCUUUAUCUGGAAUUCCAUUCUUUUUCUUGGGAGUCUAUUUACCUGCAUCAAGGAGACCUCAAUUUAUUAACAAGUUUAUAGGUGCAGUCACACGAUACAUGCAGCUGCUCUGUUACUGUGUUUUAACAGAGAUGGACCCAGAUGAAGAAAAGAAGGUAGAAAUCAAAUCCAACUAAAGUUCAAAGCCAUUACAAGAAGCAGGAGAGGAUAAAGCAAUUACACAAACGAAAGGGAAGAGGUGGAACUCUGGCAGACACAGAAAAACUGUUCGGUGGUCUUUCAGAAAUGCUGAAAAUGUUCUUACUUGCAGAUGGACUCCAAUGUGGAUCAUGCCCUCGUGUCAUCCUAACGUGUGGCAUGUUUUCAGGGCAGGUUUUCAUUGGAUGAUGAUGACCUACCCUUUACCUACUCACACAAGCUGUGUGUCAAUACUGUUUCUUCUUCAGAAUUGGUUUGAAAAUGAUAAGAGCUAAUGGAUCAAAUUAGAUUUCUGCAGAACCAGGUGGUGAAGUGAUGCAUUAUUAAGUUAGAUAAAACCCACUUUGACUCCAAAGACCAAGUCAUUUCCAGCUUAAUUCUGAUGGAUGUAUGCAUGAAAUUAUUUGCUGUGCUCAGUUCUUAUCCCAGAAGAAGACUGGUCACAACAAACCACUUCAUUCGUUUUUCUGCUCCUAAUGAUAAAUUAAGUUCUGCUCCAUUAUUUAUAGACUGAACCAACCUUUCUCCCUUGAAGAUUUUAUUCUGUGUGCUACAUGGAAAUGUAUCUGACUGUGACAAGGAUUUAAUCAGCAAAGCACCUUGGCACGAAAGAUUUGAUUAACGGUUGUUGAUUUUUUUCUUGUUAACUCGUUAGUACUUUGUCAAUUUCUGCUAGGUUUCAUGAAACUUCCAAAAUUAAAAGAUACAGUUUGAAGCCUGUAA